UUCAGCUUAGCUUUAUGGGAAGAAAAAAAAAAUCUGAAACCUAACAACAAAAAAAGGUCUUGAAAGGAAGAACGGCUUCAUUUUAGUCUUCCUGAAAUGCCUUUUCAAAGCUUUUGUGACUCACUAAUACUGAAAGAGAAGCCCAGAGACGAGAAAAGUUGUGGUUGUCAGCAAGCUGACACUCCCUCUACCCGUGGACAUCUUCCACAGAACUGAAAGAGUAGAUUUUGGAAUAUGAAGUUACACAUAUCCUUUCUGUUGAUGCUGCUUUCUAUGAACAUUGUUCGUGGUGGCGAGGGCUUUUAUCCUGAACGAUAUCAGAGUGUGAAGCAAGCCAAUGUGAAGGGGCCACCUUUCCUACCUUUCAGUGUAAAAAGCCAUGUUUUGCAGGCAAGGGGAGAACAGGGGCCUCAAGGUCCAGCAGGCGCUCCUGGCCCAAGAGGACUACCAGGCCCUUCAGGGUCUCCAGGGAAACCAGGGUAUGGAAGCCCAGGGCCUCAAGGGCCCCAAGGGCCCCCAGGACCACCAGGACUGUCAGCCGUUGGAAAGCCAGGCCUACCUGGUUUGCCAGGAAAACCAGGGGACAGAGGACUAAGUGGUGAAAAAGGAGACAUGGGACCUGCUGGCCUCCCAGGGCCUAGAGGACCACCAGGGGGUCCUGGAGCUCCUGGUCCAGCUGGAAUUUCUGUUGCUGGGAAACAAGGCCUUCCAGGGCUACAAGGACCAAGGGGUGUUCCUGGAGAAAAAGGUGAGCCAGGUAUUCCUGGUAUAAAUGGACAGAAGGGAGAAAACGGAUAUGGGGUUCCAGGCCGUCCCGGUGAAAGAGGUCAGCCAGGGCCACAGGGGCCUCCAGGGCCUCCAGGCCUUGCAGGGAUAGGAAGACCUGGGGAAAGGGGAUUUCCAGGUCAGCCAGGUAUUAAAGGUGAUCGGGGUUUACCAGGCACACCAGGAUCAGCUGGCACCCCAGGUCCCCAAGGUGCUCCCGGGGAGCCUGGAGAACCAGGAAUAGGAAAACCUGGACCAAGUGGACCACCAGGGAUACCAGGAAUUCCUGGAGCAAAAGGACUUCCAGGACCCUCAGGUCUGACUGGACCCUCUGGUCUCCCAGGAUUUGGUAAACCUGGGUUGCCAGGGAUGAAGGGACAAAGAGGACCUGAAGGCCUCCCUGGGAUCCCAGGGGUAAAAGGUGAACAAGGUCCAGCAGGUGCUCGAGGGGAACCAGGACAAGUUGGACCACCUGGGAAUAUGGGCCCUCAAGGGCUCAGAGGUGCAGCUGGAGAAAAUGGCAUUCCUGGGCUCAAAGGAGAAAGAGGUCCUGGAGGUCCAGCAGGAUUCCCAGGAGUUAAAGGGGAGAGAGGACUACCAGGGAUAGAGGGAAAAUCAGGGUACCCAGGGGAACCAGGACUUCCUGGUCCAAAAGGAAAUCCAGGUUUGCCUGGUCCCAAAGGGGAUACUGGAUAUGCUGGGUCCCCUGGCCUACCCGGACCAAUGGGCUCAAUGGGACCUAAAGGAGUACCAGGGGUUAAUGGUGAGCAAGGCCCACGUGGGCCACCUGGAAUACCUGGAACAAGAGGACCAGCUGGCCCUCCAGGUAUUCCAGGAUUCCCUGGCAGUAAAGGGGAAACUGGUGCAACAGGGUUACCAGGUCCAGCUGGCAUUGCUGCAAAGGGUUUAGAUGGACCUAUGGGGCCUCCUGGACCUCCAGGCCCAAAAGGCCACAAUGGAGAACCUGGAUUGCCAGGUCCUCCUGGCCCUCCUGGCCCACCUGGGCAAGCAGUAUUCCCAGGAGGCCAGGCCCUAGCAGGAGUGCCUGUUAUGAAAGCUGGUGCGAGCCAAGGUCUAACUGGAAUGCCAGUGUCAGCUUUCACUGUAAUUCUUUCCAAAGCUUAUCCCACAUCAGCUGUCCCUAUCCGGUUUGAUAAAAUCUUGUACAAUAGACAACAGCACUACGACCCAAGGACAGGCAUCUUCACUUGCAGGACACCAGGACUUUACUAUUUUGCUUACCAUGUGCAUGUGAAAGGAACACAUGUUUGGGUUGGCCUAUACAAAAAUGGCACACCCAUCAUGUACACCUUUGAUGAGUACAAGAAAGGAUAUCUUGAUCAGGCUUCUGGAAGUGCUGUUGUUGACCUCAUGGAAAAUGAUCAAGUCUGGUUACAGCUGCCCAACAAUGAAUCAAAUGGCUUGUACUCUUCAGAGUAUGUUCAUUCCUCCUUUUCAGGUUUCUUACUUGCUCAAAUGUGACAACAUCCCACCCCCCAAAAUAGAGUAUCCUAGUAUGUGUGUUUGUACUUCUAGAUGUCCAGAAGAGACUAGCUAAAGAAAACCUGAACACAAAAUGAAAUUUCCUUUGCAAAUGCUGCAUGAUGCAUAUCUGAGGUGCUGUUUUUAAGAGACAUUUUAAAGGGUAAUAUAAUUAUUCACAAAAUAUAAUUGUAUUUUAAGGCUACACACAGAACUAUAUUUAAUUAAGAAACUGUACAUGUUCAAAUACUACAAUAUGUUAAUUAUAAUUAUCAAGACAAGAUUAGUUUUUAGUAAAUGAUAACAUUAUAUUUUCUUGUGUGUAUAUAUACAGGCCACUUUCUUACAAAGCAAGUAUUUCCACAGGCUUAAUACUGCUGUGCUUAAACUAUUUAUUCUUGACAGUCUGAUUAAUAACUGCGGUAACUAUUCCAGAUUAAAUGGUUUUAGAACUGCGGUCCCUCACACAACAGAAAUAAUAGAAAAACACAAUUGUUUUUUCUUUCCUAUCCAAUUUUUCCCACAGUUAAAACAGGCUGAAAUUCAUUGCAAAACAGCAGACUGACAUGAGAACUGCAAAAGUUCUUUCUUUUGAAAUCAUUGGGGCUAACUGAUCUAGUAAGAUGUUUAGGUCAAGAGUGUAAGGGCAAGUUCACAUACAAUGUUUCCCAUGUGACAAUUCUGACUUUCUGUUCUGGAUGUGAAGCUUCUAUAAUUGAUCACUAUGAAUGAUUAUCUUUUAUCAUAUCAGAUAAUUACCCUAACUAUGCAUUAACAUUCAUAAAAUAAAAUUAAAUAUAUGGUGCUACAGACUAACUGGAAUACUCUAAAUAAAAUUAGCAUUGUUUUCUCAACAGCAACCUUGACCACUAAAGAAAGAUAUCUAAUGAAUGACUCUUGAAAAGGUUCUUCUUUCUUAAAAAUGUUAGCUGUUAACCAUACUAAUACUGGAUAUUAGUCAAUGUUCUGUAUCCAUUUCUUUGUGAGAAAUGGGCUCCAAAAAGAUAAGGAAUACUGAAUUUGGCUUAACCUUACAUACUAAAGGCAUUACAAAUAAGCAUGUACAGUGAAUGACUUGUCUGAGAUACCAACAUAACAUCAGUUCUGUGUUACUAUGCUGGCACAUCAGCCUAUAAAUUAUAUCCCAUACACUCACAUGCUGACACAGCAUGUUAACACAGCAUGCUGUAAGAUCAGGUCAUCACUGUUCUAACAGAUCAGCACAUUGGCUCCAAUCCCAUUCUAAUCAUGCACUACUAUAUGUGUGCAACAACUAGUUGCUCGGGAGGAAAUGUAGAUCCCUGUCCUCAUCACAAGACACAUCUAGUCAGUUCAUUGGGAUUCAGAUCAGCAUAGCAAUGCAUAUAGGCCUGUGCAUCAGGACGUGUAGCUGUAUCCUCAUCUCUCUUGCUGCCUUGUUUUAGGGCAGGGUUUCUUAACCUUGGGCCCCCAGAUGUUGCUGGAAUACAACUCCCAUCAUACCCAGAUAUGGCCUUUGUGGCUGAGGAUGAUGGGAACUGUAGUCCAAAAACAUCUGGGGCCCAAGGUUAAGAAACCCUGUUUUAGGGGAUACCAUUCACUUCAACCAUAUAUAUAAUUUAGUGCUAAACAGAUACAAUAUUCACUCUCUGGUGCAAAUGCAGUUGUGAGUGACUGAUCAUUUAACUCAAUUAACCUCACAAAAUGUUUUCUUUUAUAUAUUUUACCCUCAAGAAAAAAUUGUCUUUUUAUGUAUGGUAUUCAGAGAAUGAUAUGCAUCACCUAAGUAAAUGAAAAAUAGUUUGUAUAAUUUAAGUGAAUUAACUUUUCUCUAUGGUGCUUUUAUGAUUAUUCACAUUGAACCAACAUGAGACUAGCUGUAAGUGUAAAAGAAAAGUUACUUUUUAUCCCAAUACUGUACUAUGUUCUUAAUUACUACUACUAUUAGUAGCAGUAGAACAUGAAUUUUUUUUUUUGUAAAAUUGAUCUAAAUGGCCUUUAUUAUAUCCAUCUGAAACCAGUAUUUUACACUUUGUUCUACAAAAGUCUAGUUGUGUUACUUAAACCUCAUAAAAAUAUGAUAUUAAUAAAAAGGUGA